GAAUAAAUCAAAUACUUGCUUGCUUAAAAGUUAAUUUAUAUGCAAUAAUUGAUUGAUAUAAAUAAUUCAAGAAAAUUUUAGAAUUUCUAUAUUAAUAUUAACAUUGGAUUAAAGAUACAACUAAUAAUCUUCAAAAUAAAGUUUGCAUUUAUUCUAAUGAUUAAAUCAUUACUCUUUAGAGGGUCAACAUUCCUCAAAUAAUAGUUCGUUUUUAAGCAAGUUUACAGAUAUUCUGAAAAAGAGUAGCUCGACUUCAGGAAACAAAAUUUAAGUUAAGAUAAAUAAUAGUAGAAAUAAAUUGGAUAUGAAACUAAUUGCAUGGUUCUCCAUCCUAUUUUUUUUCCUAACAAAGGUCCUCUUAUGGAAUUAUAUUUAGCUGAAGAAGCUGUGGGUUUAGCUAAAUCGUUAGAUUGGAAUGUUUAAAAAGGACCUUACUGGAAGGAAGAGUAUGACAAAAAAGUAAUAUAAUUGUAAGAGGAAGAACAAGAAGAAUAGUAGAUAGAACAUGUCGAAGAUGCAAAUUAUGAAAGUAAAAAUAAAAGAAAAAGAAAAAACCCCAAAGAAGAUAACCGUCCUAAAUUAGAUGAGGGAUGGUAGUAUUUUGAUUAAACAAAUAUAAAAGAUGGGGAUUAUAUUUACACUCAUUACUUCAAAGGAACUUAUUAUAAAAAUGGUAUAAUAGUAGAUGAUCAGUCAGAUACAGAAGAUGAUGGUGAUAUGUUUCAUGAGUGGAGAAACAAAAUUCUAAGAGAGUCAAUAGCAAAGAGUUCAUUGAUUAAGAUGAAAAAGAUAAUAGGAAAAUCAUUUUUCACAAAAGGAAAGCUUAUGGAUAUUGGAAUAUAUAUUAAAGACAACUCAAUCGACUGUGUAUUUAUUAAUACUGAACUCACCCCAACUUAGCAUAAAAACUUGGAAAGGUUAUGGACUGGAAUAGUGAACGGAAGAGAAGACGAAGUAUUUUUUAAGAAGAAUCCUAUGAUGAGCUCAGACACAGAGGCAGAAGGUGACGAACCAAUCUAAACUUCGGACUAUGAUAAUAGCAGUGGCAAAAAAAUAAGAGUAUUCGAUAGAUUCACAAUGAUUCUCUAGAUCUUUGCAAAGAGAGCAUAAACUCAAAUAGCUCGCCACCAAAUCGAAGUUUGCUUUUUGAAUUAUUUGAAAACAAAGCUUCAAAGAGAAGGAGGAACCACUUUUAAUGCAAUGUAUAACAUUUUUAAAGGCGACUUAAUGACUGCUUAAGAAAUUUCUUUAGAAGUCGUCAGUGCUAAAUCAAGAGCUGCUAAAGGUAAAGUUCAAGGUGAAGGUGAAACUUAGCUCGAGCUUUAAAGACGUCUCGUUAAUGACAAAUUAUCAAAACUUAAAAAAGAACUCAUAUCUUUGCUCGAGAAUUAAAAUUUCCUGCGUGAAAAAAGAAAGAAGCAAUACAACAAUGUACCCACAAUUGCUCUUAUUGGGUACACUAAUGCAGGUAAAAGUGCAUUGAUGAAUGCCUUAAUUAAAAAAGAUGUUGUAGAAAGCAAGGACAACCUUUUCUAAACUCUUUCAACUACUUCCAGAAAGUUUAAACUAAUUUCUGGAUAAUAGGCAAUUAUACUUGAUACUAUUGGUUUUAUCACAGAUUUACCUCACGAAUUAGUCGAUUCUUUCCAAUCUACUUUGAUGGAAGUUGAACAUGCUGAUUUAGUUUUACAUGUUAGAGACAUUUCUCAUCCUCAUACUGAAGACUAAAAGAAGACUGUUUUAAAAGUUCUUAAAUAGCUUGGAUUUGAUUAAUAGUUUUACACCAACAAAAUGAUUGAAGUAUGGAAUAAGAUGGAUCUUUUAGAAGAAAACGUUGAUUACCAAUCUGCUUUGAAAUCCGAUUUCCCAGUUGUACCAGUUUCUGCUUUAUAUAAUACAAACAUCAAGAAGCUUACCUAAAUCCUAGAAUAGAAAGUUAACCACUUGAUGAAUAAAAAAUACUACACAAUAGUUAAUCCUCUCAACACUCAUGAAGAGAGAUAUAAAUGGUUGUUUGCCAAUGCAAAUAUAUCUAGACUUGAAAAUGAAAUGUAUGAUUAUAAAUAAACUAAAUAAUAUCCAUAUGGAAAUGUUAAAUUCUAAGUUUUACUGGACGAUGUAACAUUUAGACGUUUUUGCCACACUUUCAACAUUUAAGUUGAAACCAACGAUAAUAAAAAAGGAAUGCCUCCAAAAGAGUGGUUAAAAGGAUCAGAAUCUUACUUUUAGAGAAUGAGAGAAUAGAAAGAAAAAGAAGACUAAAAUUUCUUAAAAAAUAAAAGAGAGGAUUGAAAUAUAAAACUAAUAAAUAAAUAAAAGAUUAAUUAUUUAAAAAUACAAAUAAGUAUUCAAUCAAUUUAUUUAACAUUUUUAAUUUUAAAAAGCUAGUUUUUAUUUGUAAAUGGAUUUAUUUUUGUUAGUUUGUUUGUUAUUUGCUUGUAUUUGAAAAAUCUAUCAUUUUUAUUUAUCAUCAUGCUAAUUUACUAAAAUUCUAUUUUAAAUCUUCCAAAUCUUUUUGUUUUUUAUUUUAAUAUUAUUCAAUUUCUAUGGCACAUUUUUAUAUUACUACUGCAGCUUAUCUAUUCAUCACUUCCCUAUUUACUUGUUCAUUUAUUUCUACCAAAUUCAAUAUUUUAGAUGUGAUAUUCUCUAUCCUUGCUUUCAUUUUUUCUACUUGAUUUUCUAUUUAUACAACAUCUUAAUUUAUAUUUUUUAUAGUCUCAGCUUGCUUAAUAUUCUGAUUAACCAGUCUACUAAAAAUUAAUUCAGCGCUUUGCUCUGCUUUUUGCAAAGAAGAUAUCAGCUACACUUAGUUUUCUCUAAUUUUGGCUACUUUUUCUUAAUCUCUUUACUUUAACAUAUUUAUAAAAUAUAUAUUUGAGUUUUUUAUAUUUAAUUUGAUUAUGUUUUUAUUAAAAAGAUAUUUAUAUCGUUUUAG